AUGCGACACAUCGCGCUCCUCUCCGCUACAACGGUGCUGCUCGCCAGCACCACGACCGCCCAAUCCGUCGCCUCAUCGUCUUCCAAACGCGGUCUCUGCCAUGUCCCCUCCAACAAACACCCGGAAGACGACAAAAUCUGGCUAGAAGGCCCUUCCCCGCCGACAUGGUACUACAACUACAAACCAGAGCCUACAGACGAGUACGCCAAAAACAACGCCAUGCAAUUCGUCCCUAUGCUCUGGGGCGCCAGUCCUGACGACAAAGGCACCCCCUUCCUCGACUCGGUCAAACAGCAAAUCGCAAACGGCGCAAACAUCAGCUACGUCCUCGGCUUCAACGAGCCCGACGGCGGCUACGACACGGGCGGCUCCAGCCUCGCCGCCAGCCUCGCCGCCGCGCGCUGGAAAGCCGAAAUGGAACCCCUGAAAGAACUCGGCGUCAAGCUAGGCGCUCCUGGCGUUACUGGCGCGGAAACUGGGUGGCAGUGGCUCGAGAAUUUCUACAACGAGUGCAAUGGCGGGUGCAACCCAGACUUUAUUCCUGUGCAUUGGUACGGCAAUUUCGAGGGCAUGAUGAGCCAUAUUGGGCGGGUGACGAGUAAAUGGCCCAACUUGACCGUGUGGGUUACCGAGUAUGGGUAUCCGAAUCAGCCAUUGGAGGAGGCGCAGUCGUUUUAUAACAUGAGUGCGACGAGUUUUGAUUCUUGGCCGAAUAUCACGCAUUAUUCAUACUUUGGGGCUUUUCGAUCCGACGUAUCGAAUGUGGGGGCUAAUGCGGCCAUGUUGACGCAGGAUGGAAAGUUGACAGAUAUUGGGUCUUGGUACUUGGGUGGCCCGGCUACGAAGAAUAUCCCUAAGAAGUCUACUGCUGCGGUUGCAGUUGGUGUGCCGACCACGGCGUAUGCUUUUGUUGCUACAGUGGCCAUGUGGCUGUUCUGGGCUUAGGUGGUGCACUUGCUACCUGAGAAGGAGCGUGUGAUGCCGAGUCAUGAUGGAGUAGUCGCAGCUGGCGGCUAUACACGAUGCAUGCUGCUCGGCCGUGUGCUUCAAAAAGCUUUGCACAAGCAAGGAAAGUCGGUGCGGCUACGAGGAUCUUAGCAUUUCAAUGGCGUUUGGACACUGGGUUACAACGAAUAGAUUUGUUUUGUACGGGCAUGACUGUGCUGCUCAUGGUACAACACUGGGAAUGCAAUUUUCAAAAAUUGAUAGAACAUCUCACACCU